AUGAGCAAAUUCAAGGGUCUGGCCCAGGGGUUCCUAGCUCAAGCUGCUGCAAGCUUCAAAAACUUCCUACCGGAGAACAAGAAGCUGCAUGUUACGCGUGUCACGGAUGCUAUUUGCGAGAUGAAGCCGAACACAGAGGACGAAAGCUUCUUGUACUUGGAUCCGAAGGCGAAUGGCGACGUACCCCGACAACGCUCGCCUUUCCGCGAGGUGAUGGUAUUUAUGAUCGGCGGUGGCAACUACAACGAAUAUCAGAACCUGUUGGCGUACGCCAAGGGGCAACAGCCACCGCGUUCGAUCUGGUACGGCUGCACAGAGCUGCUGAACCCAGAGGCGUUCCUGCAUCAACUCGGCUCCAUCGGUGCAUAA